AAUCUCACUCAUGUUGCACUCUGUCCAUGUGACUCUCCCCCCGUCUCUCUUCUUAUCCUCUUACGGUGGCUCUCGCCCCCAAUCGGCGCUCAUCCCGCCGAGCUGCUGGCAGACAGCCGCACACACACACACACACACAGUGUGACACACCGGAGAGAGGCAGCGGCGGCCAUGGCGACUCCCGGGCAGAAAGUGGUGCUGAUCACCGGCUGCUCCUCCGGUAUCGGCCUGAGGAUGGCCGUGAUGCUGGCUAAUGAUGAGCAGAAGCGUUACCACGUCGUGGCAACGAUGCGCGACCUGAAGCGUAAGGAUAAGCUGCUGGAGGCUGCCGGGGACGCGUACGGGAGAACUCUGUCUCUGGCCGCGCUGGACGUCUGCAACGACGAGUCCGUCCAGCAGUGUAUCAACGGCAUCAAAGGCCGACACGUGGACGUCCUCGUCAACAACGCGGGUAUCGGCCUGGUGGGUCCGAUAGAGAGCAUCCCCAUCGAGGAGAUGAAGAAAGUGUUCGAGACCAAUUUCUUCGGGGUGAUCCGCAUGAUCAAGGAGGUGAUGCCGGACAUGAAGAGGAGGAGAGGGGGACACAUCCUCGUGGUCAGCAGUGUGAUGGGACUGCAAGGCGUGGUGUUCAACGACGUGUACGCGGCCUCCAAGUUCGCCACGGAGGGGUUCUGCGAGUGUCUGGCGGUGCAGCUCUUGAAGUUCAACGUCACGUUGUCCAUGAUAGAGCCGGGCCCGGUUCACACUGAAUUUGAGGCGAAGAUGAUCCAGGACGUGAAGCUGAAGGAGUAUCCCGGAACCGACCCCGACACGGUGCACUACUUCAAGAACGUCUAUCUCCCUUCGUCCGUCGACAUCUUCGAGACGCUCGGACAAACGCCGGAUGACAUCGCCAGAUGCACAAAGAAGGUGAUUGAAUCCAGCAGGCCGCGUUUCCGUAACCUGACCAACCCGUUGUACACGCCCAUCGUGGCGCUGAAAUACGCCGAUGAGACCGGAGGCCUGUCUGUCCACGCCUUCUACCACAUGCUCUUCGACCUGGGGCCCCUGAUGCACGUCAGCAUGACCGCCAUGAAGUACCUCACCUGUGGAUGUCUGAGGAGCAGGACGGUGUCGCCAAACUAGGAACGUCUGAUAUGAGAUAUAAUGUACAGACUGCAGUAAAGACCGCACUCACUACCUCUGCUGAGGUUCCCAGAGGGAGGAAAGAAGCACAUUGCACACAUACACUUCUUCUGUCUGUUUUUUAAUGAAGUCUUUAUACUCUUCUGGACAAUCGUAGAUCAUGGAUGUAUAAUUUACCCCCACCUGAGUUCUGAUGAAGUGAAAUACAACAGUUGGUCAAAUUGUUUUAGCCUACAAAGAGUGCCAAAUGAGUAGGUUUCACACUUAUGAGACAACACACUAGAGCCUGAUCUUGACCCGUCCCAAACGACUUCACAUUUCAGACGGUUUAAAACUCUUUUGUCUGCAGACAGACGAGUCUCUAACCCGUCACAGCUUGUUAAAACAAUGCAAUUUACCACUAUUUACAAAGAAAGACAAUUAUUGUUAUACAUAAAUGAGUUCAGGCUAUUGGCCCGGCCCUCCACAAUAUUUUCUGUUCCACUCGUGAAAAAUAAUUGCCCACCCCUGCUCUACACCGAGUUUAUUUUGGAACCUAUGUGUAUUUGCAUCGAUGGACAUCAUUUUAAAUUCUGACAAUGUAUUGAAGAAACUAUUUUGGCAUUCAAAUUUAUAAUUUCCAACUCCCCGGAGUUGUGUUUGUGCUUCUGAUCAUCAUUUGUGUUUGUGGUUAAUCGCUGUGUGCAGAAAAGACUCCUUUCUGGUCGUGUAUCUGUCGUUUCUCUCACAUUUCAGCAAAAGAUGUCUCUGUAGCGACUUUAGACUGAUGGAAAACUACCUGUAUUUCUAUUUGUGAAUAAAUGAUACGAAUAUA